CUUGUCGCUGCUCGCUUUUAUGACUUAGUAAGAUGGUCCAAUAAUGACGUGCGCCCAAGUGUCCCGACCAUCCAUAUCGCAGUUGCUGAUCUCAACCAUGACAUCCCCAUCCGUGCUGCUCUCCUUGUAGCUCACCCACACCCACCGGACGGAACCGCUGGUCAUGGCUCCCAUCGACCUCUUCUCCCGUAUCAGAUCCUACUACCACAAGGAGCCUGUCAAUAAGGCUCCUGCAAUUUCGACCUUCACCGCUGCCCUUCUCUCGGUCAGAACUGUCAACUGCCCACACUGCAUUCAUACUCUCCACCUCCCCGUCCUUCUCUGUCCAUCCCUGUUUGCAGUUUGCGCCGCCCAACCGUGCAGACCAUAAUCGCUGCGCCGCCUUCGUCUCCGUCGCCUUCUCCGUGCUGAACACAGCGCAUGCUGACCUUAUGAGUCUAGGCAGCCUUCGUCGUGCUCUAUGUCCUACCCUUUUAUCUCAGCAAAGCUACACGGCCUUCGCCCACUCUCUCCCGAGAUGCCCCCUCCGUCAUCCGCGCGCGUAUACGAGCAGUCACGUCGGCUUGCACCAUAGGCUCGCUGCUCGUCAUUCUCAUCGUCGCAAAGUUUGGCCAGACCACGCUCCAAGAAACGCUGCAUAUGCUGGGCUGGUGGCCCGUCAACCCCGUUGACGUUUUACGAACAACUCUGCUGUGCGCAAUCUUGUUCGCGGGCCCGCUGUUCGAGGCCGCCAUUGUCGAAGGCAGGUGGCGAGAUUGGCUUUGGGGCACCCAUGUCGUCGAAACGUUCAGUUCGUGGACCGGCUGGCGCAAUCUCGUCGCCGGUCCCGUCACUGAAGAGAUUGUCUUCCGCUCGCUCCUCGUGCCGCUGCACAUACUAGCCAAGGUGGCCCCCAAAAAUAUCGUCUUUAUUACACCACUCUAUUUCGGCAUCGCGCACAUCCAUCACCUGUACGAAUUCCGUCUCACCCACCCAGAAGUGCCCGUCCUACCCGCCGUUCUACGGACUGUAGUGCAGUUCACCUACACGAGCUUGUUUGGCUUCUUCGCAACCUUCGUCUACUUGCGGACAGGUUCCGUGUACACCGCCAUUGCCGCUCACAUGUUCUGCAAUUGGAUGGGACUGCCUAGGAUUUGGGGAAGGGUAGGCGUGAGAGCUAGCAUGCAAAUCAACGUUCCCAGUGGAGGCAAGAAGGGCGGGACAAGAGAUUUAGGAACUUCUGCGACGGUAAAACGUGAUCUCAGCACCCUGUGGACUGUUGUCUACUAUUUGCUUCUUAUCCUCGGCGCUUAUGGCUUCUACAUCAACCUUUUUCCUCUCACCGCAUCGUCGAAUGCCCUAAUAGACUUUUCUAGCAACUAAAAGAUUGUGAACUGGGACGACAGAAAGAUGUCCCAGGCCAUGGCCUUGGCAGCGUGACGGGACCAGGAGAACACCGCAACGCAAAGCGAAACGCUUGUUCUAGGAAACACAAGGGAAGAUUCAGUCCCUAAAUAAUGCAAUUUGCGGCUCUUCGCGCAUGCACAUUUUUGUUAGCCAGCAGAGAUGAAUUUAUAUUAUCUUUAAUGCCUGUACAAACA